UACACUUCCGCUCGAAUCGAUCUCACUCAUGCCAAUUAAUCAUCCACAGCUCGCCUUGAGUGACUGGGUGGGACUGCUGGGCUUCUGCAUCUGCAGAGGACAGGCUCACCCAAACAGCUUGAGGAAUAGGGAGGGAUCCAUGAAGCUCACCGCUGGCAGCAAAUGUCUCCAAUUCGGUCUUGUCAGUGAGGCAGCCGACUCGACUGUCCGAGGCAUGGCUGUGGCAGACAAGGAGGAUAUUGAUUUUACUGAGUUAGAGAAAGAAUUGGAAGCUGCAAUUGACCAAGAUUCAAGGUACUGGCUUCAAAAUGAUGCCAAAAUUCGGGCUGUAAAUCAGCGCGUCGCAACGUAUGAUGAGUUCAGAGACAUUGUGAAAGCAGCGCAUCUGAAGCCUCUGAAAAAGAAGGACAUUGUGGGUAGUAGUGAUAGUUCCUCCUCCCGCAGUGGCUUUGUUUGGAAUUCCAUAGCAAGUGGUAAAAAGAAGGCCCCGAGUGACCGUCAAGAGAAACACGACAUGGAGAAUGACGUGUAUCCUAGGUCAGCUUCGCAUCAAGUAGAUCUCCAGAGAGCACUAUCCUCAACUUCUGAGUUCAUGCAAAUGUGGAGAAGCCUUGAUGAUAGUGAAAGGCGUUAUGCUGUUCUCCAGCAUAUAGGAACUGGAGCCUUAGGCCGCCUUUUCUCAACAACAGAAAUUCCUGUUGGCCUUCUCGGUGAGAUCCUUGAAGCAGCUCUUCAUUUCCGAGCUUCUACAAAUGAAAUCUGCUUCAUUGUGAAAAUGCUAGAAACACUCACAAAGGCCAAGAGGUUUUGUCUCACGCUAGAGUUCCUGAGCUCCGGAGAGAAGGCUACAUGUAAACAGCUCUUGAGCAAGCUCAACAGCAGCCUUCAAGGUCAACAACAAGACCUGGCCGAGCGGGGAGUGACUGAGUGGACUUUACGGCAACUCCACAAUGCAUACAGAGUAUGAUCAUAUGAGCUGUAAAUUAAUUGGGAAAUCGAAGAUUUUAAGUGUUAAUGUGUGACGAAUAAUACCUUUGAUUGUAUAUAAUGUGUACUUAAGCAUUUAUGAAACUAUUCAUAGUAACUGCACCUAGUCUUUCCUCUGUCCUUGCAGGUUUAAAAAUGUUGGCAGAGUUAUUUAGUAAUAAAUUAUUCAAUGUAUUAAAACUUACCACUUGGAGAGGCAAAUCUGAUAAUCUCUUCAGUUUUUCAUUGUGUCAAUAGGCUCUCUAAAGGUCCUCCAAUUUGGUUUAGACUUACCUUUGAAGUGCCAGAAGACAUAGUUUUCAUGCCUUAUAACCAACCAUCCUGUUAUCAUUAAAAAUUGAGGGGAGUGAAAUUCGGUUAUAUGCACUGCUAGUUACUAGUUUGUCUGUAUUAGCUGUUUUGGUGUUUAGAAUUUACUCAUCACAAGUUCUCUAUGCAUUGUUGGAAGAUAUAAUCAAGAUUUAAUUGAAUGUGUCAUCCAACUUUUUGUAACAAUUUUGUCACUAUCGUAUUGUAAUUGUCCCUAGAUGCCAAGCAUGAUACGGUGUAAAAUCACUGGUAAGGUACUGCUGGAAAUGUCUGCCUACGCACAUCUUUUUAUCAAUGUGGCUGUUAACUACUUACAUUCUGAUCAAGUGAUAUGUAUGUUUAUUGGUGGUGAAAUUAUGCAAUACAAAGUUGCUAUAUAAUGAAA